AUGAAGGGCAUCGAGGAGAAGCACAAGCCGACCGAGGUGCACCUGCAGGUCUUCGACGGUGUCGGCCACGACCUCACCCUGUUCAGCAUGACGAAACCAGCACGGGGCGCAUAUCGCUCCAUCGCCACAUUCUGCCGCUACGUCACGCCACGAGCUCCGGGCGCCCUUCCAAGCGAGGAGUCCACACCGGCAGGUACGCCGGGCACAAUGACGCCGGGACGAGGAACUCAGGAGACGAUAACAACAGACACAGUAACAUACAUCGAUCCCGGUACCCCUCGUGCAGGCACCGCCGACCCAAACGCGCCAAAGAAGAGGACAGUGCAGGAGACGCACAUAACGACCAAGCCGCUUGUCGAGACGCCGCAGUCAGGACUCUCGCUCUCGCAAGUCAGCAGCCCGGUGGACGACACGCAAAUGCCGUCCCCGUCCGUCAUCACGGAGCGCCUCCGCCAAGUCAAGGUCGAGGACAAGCGACAGAGCUCACGAUUCUCGCGCAUGUCAACUAUGCUCUGGCCGUCGUCGUCUGAUGGCUCUCCCGGCGAGAACAAGCCGAAAGACAGGGCUCAUCAUUACAAGCCGGGCACCUGCGGCUGGCCUGGUUUCUAUGCCGGACCCAACCGCGUCGACUUCAGCGGCAACGUACGCGGCCUCGAGCCCGCGGACCAGCUGCCAGCGUGCACGAUGCCACUCUCCGAGACGGGCUACAUCAAAGAGGGCCCGGCGAUGCGGUACAUCGAGGGACAGGCGAAGUGGGACCGCAAAUUCCACCGCGUGCGCAAACGUGUCGCGCGCCAUCGCAAGCGUAACCUGAAGAAGGCGAAGAACAAGGACGCAGACCGUAUCCGGAAGAACUGGGUCUCGGUCGGGGAGAACAUCAAGGCUUCCAUGCCCGACGAGCCCGCUGACGAUGAACACCACCAUCACCACGGAGAAGGAGAGGACGAUCGGGAUAGCAGCUCGAGCUCGUCCUCGUCCUCCGAAGAGUUCCCAGACGGCGACGACACCGAUCUUCUGGGCAGCACGUGGGGCUGGGCGCUGAACGGCGAGGCGCCACCUCCCUCCGCGAUCGUCUCUAGGCGUGACCUCCCCGAGGGCCGCCGCCUCGCGCUCCUUGGUGGUCUGGCCGACAGCCCUGCCAGCCACUCGCACCCGCUGUCCCUGUGGGUCGUGAUGGCGACGAUGCUGGGCGGGAACGGGAACGAGCUCAUGUCCGACGCGGCUAGGAUCCGCGCGGACGAGAAGGCCAAGAAGAAGGAGCGCGCGAAGCAGGAAGCGAAGGAGGGCAAGCGCCCUCGUGAGGGGCCGUUCCACCGCCUGAAGCACAUGUUCAAGAAUGACUAG